UCGUAAAACCUAACUUGAUUUACAAUGAUAUUAUUAGGUUAAACAUUUUUAUCCGAAUUUAAAUACGAAACUUCACAUUGAUGUAUAUGACAAUCAGGUGGUGCUUGUCACUGCAUACAAUCUAAAAAAGGCUGUAUGAACUUGUUUUCGGUGUUGUCACCGGUUAUAUAUAAAGGGUUCUUGCAGCUUUGUUUUUCAUUCCAUCUCAACUAGAAGUACUUCUCUUGAAUCUUUCUCUACUAGAGUUUCAGCUUCACUUAUCCAACAUGGAAUUUCAUCUUUUUCAUAUCAUUACUUUUCUCAUGGUUGUGUUAGUGGGAACUAAUGCUACAGUAUCACCACCUCAACUUUACUGGAAAUCCAUGCUUCCAAACUCUCCAAUGCCAAAAUCCAUCACAAAUCUGCUACACCCUGCUGGAUAUUGGAGUAAAGAGAAAGCAAGGGAUGUAAGCAAUAAUGGUUUAGAUGUUGGAGUCAGAGAAGGGUAUGAAGGAGGUGGCAUUGGUCUGAAUGAUGAAAAAUUUCCAUUUAUUUACUUUUAUCCUAUAAUACUCAAUGAGAGUCAAAUCCAAUUACAUGAUAAACAAAAUGUAACACUUUUCUUCUUGAAAAAAGAUUUGCAUCAUGGAACAAAAUUGAACUUGCAAUUCACAAAUAAUAGUGGAGCAAAAUUCUUGCCUAAAGAAGUUGCUAAUUCCAUACCCUUUUCAUCAAACAAAAUGGAAAACAUACUCAACAAGUUUUCCAUCAAGGAAGGAUCAAAGGAAGCUGAAAUUGUGAAGAGAACAAUAAGUGAGUGUGAAGCAAAUGGCAUCAAAGGUGAGGAAAAGCUUUGUAUAACUUCAUUGGAAUCUAUGGUUGAUUUCACCAUUUCGAAACUCGGAAACAAUGUUGAAGCUGUUUCAACAGAAGUGGAUAAAAAUAGUAAUGGUUUGCAACAAUAUGUUAUAGCAAAAGGAGUGAAUAAAUUGGGUGAGAAGAACAAAACUAUUGUGUGUCACAAAGAGAAUUACCCUUAUGCAGUUUUUUACUGUCAUAAAACUGAUUCAACUGAAGUUUACUCUGUGCCAUUGGAAGGUGUUGAUGGAAACAUGGUUAAAACUAUUGCUGUUUGUCACACUGAUACAUCAGAAUGGAAUCCUAAACAUUUGGCUUUUUAUGUGCUUAAAGUUCAACCAGGGACUGUUCCUAUUUGUCACAUCCUCCCACAGGAUCAUGUUGUUUGGGUUUCCAAUUGAUCAAAAUCCAUAGUCAUAUCCUUGAAUAAUAAAUUACACUACGUAGAAGCAGCUACUAUAAAUGAUAUUAAAUAAUAAACAUAGCAUUAUGCAAACAAUGUUUAAUUAUUGUUGUAUGGUUACAA